AUCGACCUGACGUCAUCAUCACGCGCCUACAACAGACCACCGUUUCACAUGUGAGUUGUCCUGUUAGCUAGCUUGGUGGUUACGUUUUCUAACUUUUAUGUGUUUGUGUGUCUUGUUUUUUAUUCAUAUAGCUGGUUAUGAGACAAUCAUAAAGAUUUCGACGAUUUGAACGGGAAGAGAACGGUCGCAGUGAUCUAGCUUGUUAGCUAUUUCUUCCAUAGGAUAUUCUUGUUAGCUAGCUACUCUAGCUAACUUUAGCUAAACCAAACCAGUUUCUUCUUGUUGGUAGCUAGCUAAACCGAAGAAGAUUCCGAUUGUUAAUUUAUUGACAGCUCCUUAAAAUUAGGUUGUUUUUAAUAAUCAAAAGUGUCUUCAACUGACAAAAAUAUUUUGGGUGUGUGCGUAAAUUCAAUCUGGAGUGCCAGAGUGCGCUCUUGGCGUUCGUAAAUUCAGAGCGUUACGCUGUCGGCGCGUUCAUGGACGCUCUGGCCGAGGAGUAGAGUUGAUCCGAGCGUUCUGACCUCACAACGGCAGUCAAGCACCCAAGCUAACUGGCUAACGUUAGCUAGCUACUUCCAGACAAAAAUGAGAACAUCUCACUCUGACCAUUUCACUCGCCCUAGCAGAGCUGGUUAGGCUGUUUUCAUUUUAUCUAGAGCAUUGGUGACUGAACUUGUGCUGCUGUCAACAAUUUACGCGUUUUUGCGGACGUUUGUUUUACAAAUGUUUGAUGACACCGGCCAUAUUCAACGCGCGUUGAGCGUUCGUAAAUCCCUCAGUUAUUCUGCGCUCUGGCACACAGACAAGAGCGCUCUGAAAUCGGAGUAGAUGGCCAGUGAGAAUUUACGAACGCACCGCUUGUCUCAUUCAUGGCUGGUCAGUAUUAGUUGAAGAGGGACCAAGGGGUUUUUGUUUUUCAUCUUAUUCAACAACAUGCACAUUGUUCUUUCAGAAUGAAUCAAGUUGCAUUGGUGUACUUACUUUAAAAUGCUGGCAAAGAUGGAGGAAAACAACCAGUCGAGAGAGGCAGGAUUGAAGAGGAAGUAUCCUGAAGAUAGAGAGAGAAUGAGAGGAGGAGAAGCGGGAGAAAGAGGAGAAGAUGAAAAUAAAAAUAGAGGAAUAGAAGCAGGUGAACGAGGAGAAGAUGGAGAGAGAAAGAGAGGAGGAGCGGGUGGAAGAGGAAGUAGGGAUGGAGGAGUUGCCAGGAAGCGUCUAGAUGCCUUGAGUGUGGGCUACUUCCGCAGAGUGGGAGAGAGACUCAGCGAAGGCUUCACAGAGGACGAGGAGAGAGGUGAGAGCCCUUGCACAGGGAAGGAGAUUGUGUCAAUUAUGUGCAUAAAUGUUUGCAUGAGCAUACAAUGCAGUGACCUUUACGACAUAGCUUCACGUCAUAAUUUCUUCCUCCCCUAUAGUUCUCUUUGUGGAGAACGUGUUGACGGAGGUCAAAGGGCAGGCCGCCCUGGUUGCCAUGGAUGUGACAGGAAGUGUCACCCUCCAGCGGCUGCUCCCAUUGGCUAGCCCCGGCCAGGUGGGGGAGGUGCUGGCUGAGCUUGGCGGAGAAUCGGGGUCAGAUUUCAAGAGGGUGUCAUGUGACAAAUGUGGGGGUCAUGUCGUGGAGAGCGCCCUCAGACAGAUGCCCAGAUGGAGAGGUAGGUCUAAUUGUGACCAGUCUGAAAACAACACCUAGCACCUGAAAUGUCAAGAUAUAAUAGUUAUAAUAUAAUAGAAUGACAUUAAAUAAAUCUCCUUGUUUAUAUUGUCUCUUAGAAAAGAGCUCAUCGGAGGAGGACAAGUCAGCUACCACAGAUGGAGAUUCAGAGAUGGAAGGGGAGGAUUGUGGGAUACUAGAGGCCCAGGUUCUGUCCCUGUGUCACGUGGUGAUAGAGCACUGUGCAGAGUUCAUCAGACACACACAUGGCUCCCACGUGGCCCGCACGCUCAUACAUGUACUGGCAGGCUGCCUCGGUCCAGCCCGCACCGACACAGCACGCCCAGGUACACACACACACACACACACACGAUUAUCUAAACGCAUAAUCAUACACACAAUAACUUAUCUUGUCUGUGUAUUUUGUUCCAGGUGUAAAGGACAGGAAUGUCACCACUCAGCUGACAUACUUUGAGGCGCCCACAUCAUUUUGGUGGGAACUAAAAACACUGUCUACCUCCUUGAUGGACAAUGUCAAUGGUAAUUAUUCUGUCAUCAAGCUACAGUACAUUGAAACCCCUCAUUGCACUUCACAGUACAUCUUCAUAGUAGAUCUUCAUAGUACAUACUAUUGGAGAUGUUUCGUGCAAGCAAGUCACAAGGGCAUUACAUUAUAUAUCGCUGCUCUUCCAUCUCUCCGUCAGUGUGUGUGACGGAUGCAGUGGCUAGUACAGUGUUCCAGACCAUGUUGACGGUGUGUCACAGAAACCGACCCAAGCUCUGCAAGCUGCUCACCAAAGGUAUCGUGGAGUACCUGACAUCACUCAGCUCUGCUCCUGGAGUCAGGUCAGUGAGAAUUCCUCUUUUUAUUAGGGCGGGACGAUACCAGUAUCGCAAUAUUUUUUUACGUGCCAAAAAUGAAAACACGAAGCUGACUCUUUGGUGCUUUAAAAACCUGCUGGAUAUAAAAUAUUGUGUGCUGUAGCUGGGGAAAUAAAUAAAUACAUGUGACUCUGGAUGACAACAUAAUGUUUGUUUGCAACAUUAGGGCUGUUUUCCUAAAGAAGUUAAAUCCACUUCAUGUUUGGUUUCCUUGCCACAAUACUGUUUAUUUUAUUUAACUAGGCAACUACUAGUAACUACUAACGAGUAUCGCUGUACUGGUAUCGCCCCGGCCCUACUUUUUAUACUUUUGGAUAUCUUAUGUCUUUGUCUCUCUUUUGCCUCUUUCUCUUAGUCCUCUCUUGGUCUUUCUGAAGGAUCAAGCCUCUAGUCGGCUAAUUGAAAUAGUCAUCCAGUUAUCCCACAAGGCCUUGCUCCGGGACCUCUAUAAGAACCACCUCCAGGGUCAGCUGGUCACCCUGGCCAUCCAUCCAAUCGCCAACUUCCCCAUACAGAGACUGACAGCAGCCUCCACCAAUUACAAAGUGGUAUGCCAAUAUGUAUACCCCCUAUAGUUAUUGCUGUGAUUUAAGUUAUAUGUAUACAUCAUGGUUACAUAGUAGUAUUAUUCAUACAAAUACCAUACUAUUAGUCCUGAAAUCCAUAAGAUGGUAGAUACUGAUGAAUUUCAUCUGUAUUUAUCAGAGUGCAUGAUAAAACAGAACAAAAGUUUACAAUGACAGUAGUAACUCUACCUCCACUAUUUCAGUCUCUUCCUUCCUCUCUCUCCCUUCCUCUCCUCCACAGUUCCUGAAGGUGUUUGAUGAGCUAGCCGAUGGUUUGGAGGCCAUCUUGGCAGCAGGUCACAUGGGUGUGAUCGUCCAGCUGACAGACAGCUGUGCAGAGCGGGAGGAGAAACAGGGAGAGAUGAUGCAACGCCUCCUUAAUGCUUUUCACUGUGCUGAACCUGCCUCUCGACACACCGCCUGCCUGCCUCUUUUCCUGUCCCUGCUCACACACGAGGUGUACUACAGCUCAGAGACAGCAGAGGGCGACACACAAACAGAGGUAUUGGUCUCAAAGUUACUACAUUAACUUGAUGUUCUGAAUGCACUUUUGGAUCUGACACCACAGCUUAUUGACUCCAAGCAUAUUGUGUGUCUGUCCAUAAAAAGACCAACACUAUCGUCUUUUGUAUUCUCUCUUCCCUCACUAGCGCCCCCUAUCCUCUAUCUGUUACCAUGGUUCCCGUCUGGUCCAGUCACUGGCCAAGUUCAAAGACCGCUCCCUGCUCCUAAACAGCCUACGCUCUCUGACCCCCGCUGACCACCUGACCCUGGGAACCGACCAAUCAGGCAGCCAUGUUCUGCAGCUCCUGGUGACAUCCUCCAGCGAUAAGGGGAGGGGAAAGAUCCUGAGGAGACUGGAGGUAGGACUUGCUGGAGAGAUGAAAACCUGAACAAAGUACUUCCUCUCACUGUUAGUCAUGGUCCAAAGCUGACUGUUUUUCUUUGAUCACAUUCUCACAGCAGUCCCCAAAUCUCCUAAUCCCCCAUUUCCUCUCCCUGCCAUGUCCUUACUUGGCUCCCAGGGCCAGUAUGUCCAAAUGGCCUGUUCCAGGUAUGGCAGCCGUGUGUUGGAGGCAGUCUGGAACAGCGCCACUGUCCCCCAGAGACAGAGCAUUGCUAAGGAAUUAGGUAAGAUCUACUAAAUGUGUUUAGUGUUGCUGAAGUUAAGUUGUCAACCCAGAAUGGGGAUGCUAGUAGCUACUCACAGUUUACUGGUUAGUAUUGAUUUAAUUGUGUUUGGGGUUGUUGCAAGAAUAUAAUGGAAUUCUGUCUUAGGUUGGACCACAUUGGGGGGAGUUUUAGACCAGCGUUUACCAAACUCGGUUCUGUGGACCCCAAGGGGUUUAUGUUUUGGUUUUUGCCCUAAAAUAAUCAAUUCAUCAUCAAACUUGUAUUAUUUGAAUCAGCUGUGUAGUGCUAGGGCAAAAACCAAAAUGUGCACCCAUUGGGGUUCCCAGGACCGAGUUUGGGAAACGCUGUUUUAAACCAUGUGCUUUGAUGUUUUUAAUGUAAUUCUUGCUCUAUUUCUCACCCUCUCUCUUUCUCUCUCAGUGACUUGUGAGACACAGCUUAGAUCAGGCCAGUUUGCUCGUCACGUUUGGGCCAAAUUUGCCCUGACCCACUUUGUGAAGAGGCGGGCCCAGUGGCAGGAAGUGCAGACGGGCGAAUCAAAGAAGAGGAAGCUCUUUAGUGACAUUCUGGAGUGAGAAGAUGAGAUGGUUCUGGGAAUUGUCUUCUAUGGGAUUUCUAUGUGAUUUUUCUACAUGAUCAAAUAAAAAAGUGUUAAAUCAUCCACUCUUCAGUUGUAUGCAUGAUUAUGAGUGAUAAUGUCCAAAUCUC